ACAAGUGUAUUAGAGCUCCGGCUCCGGCUGGGGGCGAGCAGACCUCGAGCAGCCGACGGAGCUGCCGGGUCACUUUUGGGCGCUGCUACCUCCGCUUCUAACUCCCGGGGCCGCGGGACAGGGACGGGAAUUGUCCUGGAAGGGCACGGCCCUUCCCACCCAAGCAGCAGUAAUGUCGACCUCGGCGGCGAUUUAUCUGCUGUCCACAUUGGGGGGCUAUGUGAUGACCUCGUUCCUGCUGCUCAAGUACCCGACUCUGCUACACCAGAGGAAGAAGCAGCGAUUCCUUAGUAAACACAUCUCUCACCGCGGAGGUGCUGGAGAGAACUUGGAGAACACAAUGGCAGCCUUUCGACAUGCAGUUAAUAUGGGAACUGAUAUGUUGGAACUGGAUUGCCAUAUCACAAAAGAUGAACAAGUGGUCGUAUCCCAUGAUGGGAAUCUGAAGAGAUCAACUGGAGUAAAUGUGAACAUUUCUGACCUGAAGUACUGUGAACUCCCCCCUUACCUUGGCAAAUUGGAGGUAACAUUUCAGAAAGGAAGCCAAAGUGAAGGAGAAGACAAACGAAUUCCAUUACUGAAGGAAGUUUUUGAGGCUUUUCCUCACACUCCAGUAAACAUUGAUAUCAAAGUCAACAACAAUCUGCUGAUUAAGAAGGUUUCAGAGUUGGUAACUCAGUAUAAACGAGAACACUUGACAGUGUGGGGCAAUGCCAAAUAUGAAAUUGUAGAAAAGUGUCACAAAGAGAAUUCAGAUAUCCCCAUUCUCUUCAGUCUACAACGUGUUCUGCUCAUUCUUGGCCUAUUCUACACUGGCCUCUUGCCUUUUGUGCCCAUCUGUGAGCAGUUUUUUGAAAUUCCAAUGCCUUCUAUAAUAUUGAAACUAAAGGAACCACAGAACAUAUCAAGGAGUCAAAAAUUUCUUAUCUGGCUGGCUGACAGGUUGCUAAUGAGGAAAGCCUUAUUUGACCACCUCACUGCCCGAGGCAUUCAGGUAUAUGUGUGGGUACUAAAUGAAGAAAACGAAUACAAAAAAGCUUUUGAUUUGGGAGCAACUGGGGUGAUGACAGACUAUCCAACAAAGCUUAAAGAAUUUUUACAUAAUUAUACAUAAGUCAACCUAAGCAUUUGAAGACAACUAAGGAAUAUUCUUUUUUUCUGCAUCAUAUAAAUAAGCCGUUUCCAGAAUGAUAAAAGAUGUAAUCAGUUGAGUUUCAUUACCUCAUUUUAAAGCCUGGUUCAUAAUGUAGAAACUGUAAUGUAUAUUUAUUUUAAAAUAUAUCCCAGAUUUUACAUGAUUUGUUUAGAAAGUUAACAUUGAUAGAGAUAGGGCAGGUAAAAGAUGAAUAGUGGAUCAAGAUUUCUAUAUCUAUUAUGGAUCAAGAUUUUUGCAUUUUUCUCUACUGCAAGCAGUUUUCAAAUCAAAGAUUAACACUAACAGACUAGGUAAAAUCCAGGACUUUGAGAGAUCAUGGUCUUCAUUGGUCUCAGAUCAGUUUAUCAGUAAAAACUAAAUUAUUGAAAAACUGUGGCCAUUCUUAAGUUGGCUCUUUAUUUCUGGACAUAUUGAUGGCCUGCAUAGUGAAAAGAAAAAAAACAGAGAAGAAGCAGUUUAAAAAGAAAAAAAAAAACCAAACCAAUGAUGUGUAGUUAUCUGACAAGACACAUACUGUGAUUAGUAGUGAGUCUCAUGGAAAUAAAUAACCAUCACUUGACCAGAAACAAAAUCUUUAGACUGAAUUAAGUUUUUCUUUGGCUGUUGUUAUAUACUUUUGUUAAUAAGGAUGUCAGACUAAUCUUUGAAGUCUUUUGGAGGGUGUGUGUGUGUGUGUGUGUGUGUGUGUACAUGUGUGUGCCAUCGAUUCUAUGGCUAACUUUGUUUCCAUUGUAAACAUUGCAAAGUAGAUUUGUAAGUUAUUAUUGAGACUAGAAUCUCUCAAGAGAUGGAAAAUUAUAAAUUGUAACAAGGCCUAAUUGUAUUUUGCGGGCCUAUUUCUUGAUGUACAAAACCACUUUGACUCUUUAGCAUCUUCAUUAUGUUAAAGGUGACAUCAUUGUUUCCAAACUUUUGGAUAACCCCACCUGAUCUGUAUCUACCGUUUUGCUAAGUUGUCCCUUUUGAGUGUUAGUUGGAAAUAAUAUUUCCCAACAUGCUAAAAUUCCCUUUCUUAGUCUUUCUUCUAUAACUGUGUGUAAAUCUGUUUCCAAAACUUUUGAGUUUUUGACAUCAAUAGGACCUCUGACCUCUGGUCAGCAGUAAAUGAUGCUCUACCAUAGGGCAGGUGAAAUCCCAGACACUUGUCAUUUGUAACACAUUUUCUCAUGAAGGAUAGGUUUCUUUCUCUCUCUCUCUCUCUCUCUCUCUCUCUCUCUCUCUCUCUCUCUCUCUCUCUCUCUCUCUCUCUCUCUCUUUUUUUUAUGAGCAGAAAUAAAGUUUUCCAAGGACAUGCUUAAGUCUCUUGGUGUGUGUUUUUCACUAUUCUGUUUUGUUAUAUUUUUUAACUGUAGUAGUACCAAACAGGCUCUGAAAUUUUUAACUGAAUAAUUUAUGAAUUUAUUAAUAAAAGUGAGCCCAUGCACCUGAAAUUUACCUCUAAACUAAGGAAAGGGAAAGAGGAAGUAGAUGAUGUUUAGUAAUUUGAUGCUGUUUAGUUACUGGGAAGAUUGGAGGUUUAGUAGCGGGGAAGGGAAAAAUAUGACUUGAAGGGCACCUAGUUCUUAUCAAUCCUGCUCUAAUAUAUUGAAUUACAAAACUCCAUAUAGGAUGAGGAACCACAGUUUAAGAAGAUAGGGCAAAAGGAAUAGAUGGCCUGACCUGGAGUCCACAAGAACCUGACUCUAAUCCCUGGAUCCUUACUUUGUGUCUUUAAUUACUUCUCCUCCUGUUUUCUUCAUCUAUGAAAUAGAGAUCCUAACAUCUGUAGUACUUAACUCAGGGUUAUUGUUGAUGGUAAAAUGAAUUGAAAUACAUAUUUUUGCUCUUUGCAAGUCUUAAAAGUCUAUAUCAAAUAUUAGUUAUAAUAGUGAAAUAGGCUGUCCAUGGUUGCAGUUGUGACCACUAAUGCCAGAACUGUGUUAAUUAUAAGCAUUGUUGACAGGAAACUUUCUGAAAUGCAUUAUACAUUUCAGUGGCUUUUUAAAGAUAUUACAUAUAAUUCAUCUUUGGUGUUACAGGGUUAUCAUUUUGAAUAUCUAGGCUUUGAACUGAAUGGUAAUGCAAUCUUGCACACACAUUUAAAAUAUUCUAGCCAUCUCUAUCAUUGUCAGGCUAUCAGCUAUCUUUUCUGCAAUCUGACAUCCAUCCUGAAGAAUUCUAUGGUAGUACCUCUGGUUUGCUGAUUCUGAUCUCCAUAAGAACCAGAAAAUCGGAUAGCUAAGCUUGUUCAGGAUUAAUGUUAAAUCAUUAAGGCAUGCAUGUUAAAUAAAUGAUGGGACAGUGUGUGGGAUAGUGAAUUAGGAGGCUGCAUUGAGGGAUGGACUUUUCUCAUUAGGAGCCUUCUGUAUUGGAAAUAAGAGACAGUGUUGCACAGUAGGAAUACCAUGGAGGACCACUCAAAAGGCCUGCUCCUUAUUACUAGUGUGAACUUGGUCCUGAUUUUCUCAUCUCUUAAAAUGAGGAGGUUAGACUAGAAUCUAAUCUUUUUAAACCUAUGAAGUUACACAGGUCUGGAAGCAAACUCUCCAUCCCCCACCCACUCCCCAAAAGUUUUGAGAGGCUAAACUUAUCUGGCUUUCGUGUACAGACUGAGCUGUUUGGUUAUUCACUUGUUUUCAUUUGAGUUUGGAAUAAUGUCCUGCCAGAAGACUUGAAUUUGCCAAAGAUCUAUUUUGAAAAUAGGUUGCUAGAGCUAUACAGUACUUCAUGAUUUACAGACAUUCCUUUUUCAAGGCUGAAGACAGUCCUUGAAGUGUAGAUUUUUAUAAUACUAUCCCCCCUU